AUGGAGCGCCAGCCCAUGCUGCAAGCAGUUAAAGCAAAUUGUCCGGACAUCUACUUGUUCAUGAAACAGUGCUACGGCCUGCCAACCUGGCUAUCAUUCGGCGAUUUCACCAUGCUCUCCCAAAGAGGCUGUCAAGAAGGAGAUCCGUGCGGCCCGGCGGCUUUUUGCAUGGGAAUACACCACAUGGUCAACUGUUUGGAAUCGGAAUUCAACAUUUGGUAUAUCGACGACGGAACGAUUGGAGGUGAACCAGAUGUAGUGAUCAACGACUUGGAAACUGUCAUAGCAAAAUCAUCCGAGGUUGGACUGGAACUAAAUUUCGGCAAGUGCGAGAUCAAAAUACUGGGAGUCGUCCGUCCGGAAGAACGAGCCCACAUUCUGCAAAAAAUCAACCAAGUCGCUCCAGGUAUCGUGGAACGUCAAGACGACAUUGAACUGCUGGGCUCACCAUUGACAUUGUCGGGAAUCAAAUCAGCAAUUAAUAAGAAACUGCGCAAAUUGAAAAUCAUGGUUGGCCGAAUGGACAAAUUGAAUGCGCAUCACUCCUACUGCCUGCUCCGAAGUUCACUGUCAAUUCCUCAAUUAAGCUACCUGCUUCGAACCACACCUUGUUGGAAUGCUAUGGACGAACUAGAAGAAUACGAUCGGGUACUGAAGGAUGCAAUGGAAAGUAUCGUGAAUUGCCGCUUCACAGAAAAUUCAUGGAACGAAGCCACUUUGCCAGUCAAGUUGGGUGGAUUGGGACUAAGAAACGCCACAAACCUCUGCUACUCCAGUUUUUUGGGCUCAAUUCAUUCAUUCGCCGGUAUGGUACGCAACAUCGUUCCUUCUUUCUCAUUGGAAGCUGAUCCGUCAACACUCGAAGCUUUGGAUGCAUGGUCGUCACUAGCCUUGCAAGAAAUCCCGGACGCUUCAGAACAAAAGUUCCAGCACGUGUGGGAUUUGGCUUUGUGUACUAAACUGCAACGAGACAUUUCCGAACAGUCAACAAGCAUAACAUCAAAGGCUCGAUUGCUAGCAAACAAUAACAAGGAGACAGGUGCCUGGCUGAACGCAUUUCCAUUCGCUUCAUUGGGCACACUACUGGACAACCAAUCGUUUCGGAUCGCCGUUUCACUUCGUCUAGGGCUCCCAUUGUGCGUCCCACACACAUGUAUCUGCGGCAAGGAGGUUGAUGAAUUGGGCCUUCACGGAUUAUGUUGUAAAAACAGUGCUGGCCGGUGGGCAAGACACGCAAUCGCCAACGACUUGUUAAAACGGUCUCUCGUGACCAGCAAAAUCCCAGCCCUCCUGGAACCAACAGGAUGCAACAGGUCGGAUGGAAAGAAACCGGACGGGCUUACCUUGGUCCCGUGGCAAAAUGGAAAGCCCUUGGUUUGGGAUUUCACGUGUGCCGACACCCUAGCACCAUCAUAUGUCAAAGGUAACUCACGGACGGCUGGUUUCGCUGCUCGAACACGAGAGGCUUACAAACUACGGCUGUAUAGGAAUCUAACUCCCACAUAUCACGUCGUGCCAAUUUGCAUCGAAACUCUGGGAACCAUCGGUGAGAGAGGCUUGAAGCUUAUCCGACGCAUUGGGGAACUGCUACAAAAUGUUACAGGUGAGAAACGAUCAACUAGUUUUCUAAUCCAACGCCUCAGUAUUGCCAUCCAGAGAGGAAACGCAGCAGCUGUUCUAGGCACGAUACCAUCGGAUACCAAUCUUGAAGAGAUCUACUACCUCUGA